AUGUCUAAAAACGUGGCAGAAGUUCUGGAGGAGUGGAAAUACCUGGAGAACGAGUUUCAACAGCUUCAGGAGACCCACAGAAUCUACUUACAGAAACUGGAUGAAAUUUCCAAACUUCAACAAAGCUGCUCUUCCUCAAUUUCUCGCCAGCAGAAACGACUGGACGAUAUAUCAUACUCCAUGAAAAAGUGCAGCAAAGGACCAUCAGAAGAAGACACAAAGGUGUUGGAUGAAAUAAAAGAGAAAAUCAAGACAAGACAGAAUACUUUCUUUGGAAUGAAAGCUUUCCUUCCCAAGAAAAAUGGGUUAUACCUAGGGAUGGUUCUUGGAAAUGUCAAUGUCACUCUUCUCAGCAAGCAGGCAAAAUUUGCCUACAAAGACGAAUAUGAGAAGUUCAAGCUGUGCCUCACCAUCAUUCUGCUGUUGCUCUCCUUCAUCUGCUAUUUCUUUGUGAACUACAGAUUUUUGGAUGCUAUCCUUAAUUUCCUGCUGUUGUGGUACUACUGUACUCUUACUAUCAGGGAGAGUAUCCUCAUCAGCAAUGGAUCCAGAAUCAAAGGAUGGUGGGUCUUUCACCACUACAUAUCAGCGUUCUUGACGGGUGUCAUGCUGACAUGGCCGGAGGGGAACAUGUACAAGAUAUUCAGGAACCAGUUUCUAGCCUACUCCUUGUAUCAAAGUUUCGUUCAGUGUCUGCAGUGUUAUUAUCAGAGUGGAUGUCUGUACAGACUACGGGCCCUGGGAGAAAGACACAACAUGGAUCUGACUGUAGAGGGAUUCCAAUCGUGGAUGUGGAAAGGGCUGACAUUUCUCUUACCCUUCCUGUUUUUUGGUCAUUUCUGGCAGCUCUUCAACAGUCUGAGUCUCUUCAGAAUGACUCAGCUCCCAGACUGCAAAGAAUGGCAGGUCUCGACUUGUGGUCUCUGUUUCCUUAUUCUGUUCAUGGGAAACUUCUUCACCACACUGGCAGUAGUUCAUCAGAAGCAGAAAAGCAGGAAUCAGAAAACAAAGGGGCUGUGA